AAUCACAAAAGUGAUAAUUAUAAUAAUUAGUAAUAAUUUCUUCACGUUUUUUAACCUUUUUAAUGAUAUGUGUAGGUAAUUAGUUCAAUUUAAAUAAUGUUUACCGUAAUUAUACUCAUUUUAACUUCAAUACUCUUCAACUACCAAGUGUUUUCAUUGAAUAUUAGUGAAAUAAAGGUUUGGGGGCCAGGUUUAGAUCCAGAAAAUGUUGUUUUACCAACAAGAUAUGUUUUUAUAGAAGCUAAUCUAACAAAUGCUGGUGAUGCAGAUAGUUUUCAAUUUGAAAUCAAUGGAUUAUCGAGUAAUAAACCGUGUAAAUUGAGAUCUAAUAUAUUAAAUAGGAAGGAUGGGGUGUUUAUAUUCAGAUAUAAACAAUAUGAGUACUGUGAUACACUAAAAAUAAUCUUAACCUAUAAAAAUUACCACAUCGGGGAAUCUCCUUAUAUUUUUAAUAAAGUUCUUUCAGAAGAAUGUAAUUGCCCUAUUUCUAUUGAUAAAUUUUUAAAUAAUUUUCAAUUAUUUAUACUCAUUUUAACUUCAAUACUCUUCAAUUACCCAGUGUUUUCAUUGAAUAUUAGUGAAAUAAAGGUUUGGGGGCCAGGUUUAGAUCCAGAAAAUGUUGUUUUACCAACAAGAUAUGUUUUUAUAGAAGCUAAUCUAACAAAUGCUGGUGAUGCAGAUAGUUUUCAAUUUGAAAUCAAUGGAUUAUCGAGUAAUAAACCGUGUAAAUUGAGAUCUAAUAUAUUAAAUAGGAAGGAUGGGGUGUUUAUAUUCAGAUAUAAACAAUAUGAGUACUGUGAUACACUAAAAAUAAUCUUAACCUAUAAAAAUUACCACAUCGGGGAAUCUCCUUAUAUUUUUAAUAAAGUUCUUUCAGAAGAAUGUAAUUGCCCUAUUUCUAUUGAUAAAUUUUUAAAUAAUUUUCAAUGUGGGAACGUCCCAACUCGAAUUGUUAAAGAUUUAGCUGAAUUUUCAGAGAUAAAAUGGUCUCGGUUAAGAAAUAAAUUGAUAAAAACCUUUGAUAGUCCAGGUGCAAUAAGUUUGUGCCAUUACUUAAUUAAAAAUAACGUUAUUAAACGGAAAUGUUAUGGAAAAUACACCGGAUUUAAAAUGUUUUCUGAUAGUAUUUUAACUUCCUUGGUGAAAAAAGUCAAAUUACCUGAUUUAGAAUUUUUUGUAAACUUGGGUGAUUGGCCUUUAACUUCAGAAGCAAAGAAAUUUCCAAUUUUUUCAUGGUGUGGAAGCAAAAAUUCUUUUGAUAUUGUUAUGCCAACCUAUGAUUUAACAGAAUCUACUUUAGAAAAUUUGGGGCGGGUAACUUUAGAUAUGUUAUCAGUACAAGGAAACGUUAAUUUAAAGUGGGAUGAGAGGAGCCCAAAAAUGUUUUGGAGGGGUCGCGAUUCAAAUAAAAAUCGAUUAAAGUUGAUAGAUAUCUCUAGAAAUCAUCCGGAUUUAUUCAAUGUUUCUUUAACAAAUUUCUUUUUCUUUCGAGAUCAAGAAGAAUAUUAUGGAAAACAAGAAUAUAUUUCUUUCUACAAAUUUUUCGAUUAUAAAUAUCAAUUAUUGAUUGAUGGAACUGUAUCUGCGUAUCGAUCCCCUUAUUUAUUAGGCGGGGGUUCGUUAGUUUUCAAACAAAAAUCAAUGUACUAUGAACAUUUUUAUAACGAAUUAAAACCAAACAUCCAUUACGUUAGUAUCGAAGAAGAUCUAUCAGAUUUAGUUGAAAAAAUUGAAUGGGCUAUAAACAACGAUGAUGAAGCAAGAAAGAUUGGAUUGGAAGGUCAAAAAUUUGCGGUUGAAAAUUUAUUACCUUCAAACGUUUUUUGUUAUUACACGCAACUUUUAAAUGAAUUUUCGAAACUCCUAGUGGAAAAAGUGGAGGAUUUGGAUGAUAUGGAAAUCGUUGAAGUGAAUGAAGAAAAUAAAAAGUGUAAAUGUUUGGCGGAAAAUCAUCAUGAAAAGGAUGAAUUAUAAUCGAGGAUAACUAUAUUAAUUCUUUUUGUUUUUAAGAAUUGAGUUGGAUUUAUUUAGGCAAAACAAACUCGAUUAAGAAAAAUAUGUAAUUUAAUGAACUUAACAGUUUUGGAAGUACAAAAAAUAUUAGAGGGGUGCAACUUGAACAAUUCAAUUUUAUUAAUGUUGGUACUUGUACAUAAAA